AUGGAUGAGGAGAACAACAAGCCCAUAUCCAUGGCUCCCAAGAAAAACCGAACAAAUGACCGGAGGUCGUUUUGCAUCCUCUACCUUUCUCUCAUGGCCUCGGCCAGCAUUGCAGUUGCCGUGCAGGCGAUGGAUGAGAAGGACAGUCUAACUGCGGUGGUACACGACAUGCUGUUGGGGGCACUGUACGCGACCAGUGCUUGUGUCAUGUUCGGUGUCACCGUCUACUUCGCGGUGAAGCGCGAUGAGACCUUUGAGGCCGCUCAGCGUAUCUCUGGACCCGUCUCCUUCAUAGUCAAGUACUCGCGUUGCGGUGAACCCGUCAACCUCUACCUUCGCCUCGGUCUUGCACUCUUCGCGGCAAUGAGCAUUGGACAAAGCGCGAUUCGGCUGCACGAGAUGCAAAUGGAGCCGCCCAUGCAUUGGCCCGAGGUUUUCAAAUCUACCUUUGAAAUUAGUUUCUUCACCGCUCAAACCCUGUUUAUCCUUAUCUAUCACCGGAGGAUAACAGGUGAAUCCGUCCAUCUGUGCCGCUCCAAGACGAGUCGCGUACACACUCGCAAUGAGUUUAUUGCCGGUCAACUCAUGAUGGCACUAAUGUCGGUUUCUCCACAGUCUCCCGCUGUUAUUGUGAUCCUGCACAAUAAUGAGAUAUUCGGGGCUUGUUUCAUCCAUGUGCUGAGCACGAACCUCUGCAUGUGGGCUGACGUUAUGGUGGACAAGGUGAAAACAACGCUGCACCUCGAUCACAGGGAGGGCAACUCGUCGGGCUCUUCGGUCUCAUUUUACCUCCUGCCCGCGGUCUCCGAGUACUGUCUCCUCUCCGCUGCACUCAUCUACGAGAUCACCGUGCGCAUCGGACAGCCCAGCUACAUCGAACUGGAAGAGGACGAAGACGAAGAUGACGAGGAGGAGACGGACUGCGUGCAUAAUCGAGGACAAGGCUGUUUGAGAAAGGAAAGGGAGGAGGGACAGGAGACAAGUGAGGUGAGCAGUAAGUCAGGGAGCAUCUCCGAUCUCGAGGUAUCUUCUCCGGGAAUCAAAGAUCAAAGGCGUAACCUCGGUCACUUGUGUCCACGUGUAAUCACCAGAAGUGUCAAAAAGGUGAAGGUACUAAUGGUGCACUGCGGCAUGAACAUCAAGUCGGGCUAUUGGGCACCGCUACUUAUCGUGCUGACCAUCAGCGCACUGACGGUGGCCACUGGUGUGACACCGAAGACCUCGCAAAUCACACCCUGGAAGUGCGCUGUCCUCUUUGCAGAGGAAAUGUUUCUUAAUUGCAUUGGCAUUUUCGUCACCCUCGCCUCCUUCUUCAAGAUUCGCCAUCUCAAGUUUACCAUCGCCUCACGCCAAAGUGUUAUUGACGAGUUCGUCCUCUACAUCGCCUUCUUCUUCUCCGCCAACUACCUCGUCGCCACUGUCGCUCUCACCAGCUACUUUAACCGCGUUACCACAGAUGUAGUGCACAAGGACUUGCUGAUGGGCAGGCUGGCGUUGAACAUGUUGGAAUUGGUGGAGGUGAUUCUGCAGACCUACCUCAUCCAGGACUGUUUCCGUCGAUGCAGCGAGGAGGACUUCCAGCAACGCAUCAAGCCAAGCCGACAAAUGAUUGCAGUGCUGCUGGGCAUCAACCUCGCGGGAUGGGUGGUAAAGUCAUUCCAGCUAAAGGAGGCAGAUGUCCUCUACAAUAUCACCGUACGCAACGAGAUUGCUUACGGCUGGGUCCUCAUUGCUAUUACCAUGCCCGUCUUCCUCUUCUACCGCUACCACUGCACCGUCUGCCUCUCUCAGUCCUUUACUAUGCUCUAUGAGGAUGAGACGCGUCGGUUUGAGGCCUUGUGGCGCCAGAACCCCAUCUACCUCUCGAAUCUCCUAAGUCAUACAAACCUGGCGGUGUGCGAGGAUGGAGAUCACUUCCAUGCUCGCGAGAACCUCGCCUCGGUGCGCAUGUCUAACCGUCAGCUGAGCGAAGUGCUCCAUCGUAAGUUCUCUACGCAGUCUUUCCAGCAGAUAGAGUACAUGAUGCCACGCCGCGCCAGCUUCUUCCACUCUGGCGUCAUCUCCACCUCUACAACGAGCAUGCACGAUGCCGAGCUGUUCCCUGCGCAGCUCCACGUCGCACCACCAGUGCACAAACUCUCCUCUAUCCACUGCACCCAGAAGAAGCUCUCCGUGCCUAACCUCAAGCGCGUUAGUGUGUCCGGUCCCAAACCGUCCAUUAAAGCAGCAGCAGCUAGCGCUAUUUCUUCGCGUUGUCGUCUCGCCGAGUCAGAGAGCUACGAGGGACCCAACUACUUCCUCUCGCGUAUCAGCCCCGCUAGCAUCGCGACUCCUGCCGUCUGCAACGAACACGCCACUCAAACUACAUCCGUCUUUCUGCCCAACGACCAUCACCACCCAACCUCCGUCUACCACCAACAGCUACAGUCGUCAAGACCAUCCACUCUUCGGCCGCCUAGUAGCAACCGGCGUCAGAUUAAUAACGGAAUUCCUCCGCCAGAGGCUGAUGGGAUGCAACGGCGCCAAACGCUGGUUAAUCUGGAGACCGCAAAGUACCGCUACUUGGCUGCCAAAAUGGCUCACAAACGCGUCCUUGAGCGCUCUGUCGACGGGAAUGGAGAGAGUUGGAAGAAGCGCGCAAAGUCCAAAAGGAAACGUAACAAAGAUGAGAAGUCGCCGGUGCCGAAAAGACAGAUAAGCAACCCCACCUCUUCUUCUGGCGAAAAUGUGCCUUCUAGCCCACCUCCUCUGACCACACAGGAUAUUGCGAAGCCACCCACACCGCCACCGACGCAGCCUACGGACCCACCACUAGGCCAACCGCAGCAGGCUCAACCACCCAUGAGGGGGUUCGAACCGUCGAAGGUAGUACCUCUAUUGAUUGCGCGGAAUAUGGUCAAUACGUCGGACGGGGGACCGCUGUCGGCUGUGCCUGAGGAGGGUGGUCACGACCUCAGCUUCACGCCUUCACCGCCGCUCAUCUUCUCGUCCUCCUCCUCUACCACGGGCAGGGAUACAGUGGUAGAGGCUAAAGCCGAAGAUGCAUUCCAACCAGAGGAGCAGAGUGGAGACGGGGACCGUGUCAUCAACGAGACGGACAGUCCGGAGACGACAGUGUCCCCAGCCUCGGGUGCUACGGAUGACACAGAGCUAGAGUACACGUCCUCCAUUUCAGCCACCUCUUCCGCCACCGGUGCGACGAUCUUUGACGGUGGGAAGAGGGGAGCAACUGGCGAAAAGUGA